AUGUCAACCCAAAACUACCAUUCCGCAUCUACCGAAACCUCUUCCCUCCAAGGCUCACUCGCGUGCAAACAUACUAUCGACCUCUCCACAACCUACCAUAAUUCGACUUAUGUGCCUGACAGACCACUUGGAAGACAUCAUAUAUGGUCAUUCACAAGGUACAUACCUACCGCGAACAACUCUGCGGAGGUGAUACAAGCUUUUGAGAGACUAACAAGCGCAUUGAAAGAUGAUCAAGGCAAUAUCAAUUUGGAAAAUCAGUUUCACUGUGUACUCCGGCCUUCUGGUCCUGUAGAGACUGGGGAAUGGGAGGGAUACGUGAGUGAGAAAGGUCUGAGAAAUGGAAGUACCGAGCCAUUAGUACUAUUCAGCCGAGGAUCUUCUGAUGGCCCCCAUCGUAUAAAGCAUAUCGCAAUCAGUCCCCAGACAAAAAAAGAAAUGCUUAAACUCAUGUUGAAAACCAAUAGCUCAGCUAAUAAGACUCGUCAAAUUCACUUGAAAAGUUCAGAUCUGGGGGUUUCCAAUGAAGGCGAUGAGGGUCUCUCCGUGGAUAUAUCGUUCAAAACACCCUUGCUAUAUUCCAGAAAUCCAUCCGAAAGAGGAAACUUCGUGGCUGUGACUACCAAAGCACCCCAAGAAGGGGGAUGGCCAGCUGGUCAAGGUGAAGAAUCGAAAGAGUGGUCCGGAGAACUGAGAUGGUGGGAGGUAUUGGGUACUACUUCUGCUGAUGUUGACGAAACAGAGAAAUGA